AUGUAUUCAGAGGAAGAUGAACUUCUUGAGCACCAGUUCUCUGCAUUUUCAGAGAAAAAUGUACGAUUAGGGUUUACACGAAAAGUGUAUGGAAUUUUGCUGUGUCAGAUGGUUGUCACUAUUUUGGUGAUGGUGAUAUUUAUGUAUGUAGAACCUGUGAAAGAGUAUUCUAUGAAUAAUCCCUGGAUGUGGUUUACUGCUACUGGUAUAACUUUUGUAACCAUGAUUGUACUGGCGUGCUGUGAAGAUGUCAGAAGAAAGUUUCCAAUGAAUAUGAUUUUCCUUGGUAUAUUUACUUUGUGUGAGUCAGUAUUGCUAGGAGCAACAACAAGUUACUAUGAUGAAGUAUCCGUCCUACUAGCCGUGGGAAUCACUGCAGGUGUAUGCUUAGGCCUUACUCUCCUUGCAUUUCAAACAAAAUUUGACUUCACUAUGUGUGGGGGUCUGCUCUUCGUGUUUCUAAUCAUCUUGAUAGUUUUUGGUAUCUUUACUGCUAUAUUUCAAUCUAAGAUUCUGUCUGUAGUUUACGCCAGUGUUGGAGCACUUUUGUUUUCUUUCUAUCUGGUCUUUGACAUACAACUCAUGUCAGGUGGGAGUCAUACGUACAGCCUGUCCCCGAGGAAUACGUUUUCGCUGCCCUCAACCUAUACUUAG